AUGUUUGGCCAACAGAGGGAACGCAUGAAACUCUUCUCACAGCUCUCACUGUUGGCCACAACCGUCGACAGCAAAGUGCACACAAUCCUCAAGAUUGACGACUGUCCACAAGUAGACGACUCAUCCCUUAUCCUCCUAUCCUUACCCAACGGACCGUCCGUUCAAACGUCGGCACCAAUUGGUCACUCGUUUCACUCAUUUUGUAUUACUUCACAAACUGGUCAACGAAUAUAUGGCGGCAGUUAUGUCUUCAGUCACUCCAAUGUGAUCCCCGGCAACACUGCCAGCAAUGGUAGCAGUGAUACGGAUGCUGUCAAUACGGGUGUUGUCUAUACAACCAGAGCGUUGGUUGCGUUGACUGUACGGCCACUUGUGGACCAACUGUACCGCUGUCUGGAGUGGUGUGUGGUUAGGGGUGAUUGUAAUUCCCGUUGGAUUAGAUGUGUCUCUCAGAUGCGUUUACCACCAAAAGGCAAAUGCAUUCAAAUUGUUUUCCCAAUAAUCACCUCAAAUGUCAACCAUAGGCAGCAGUUGUGUGCCUGCGAUGCAAGUCAGGGCACGUGUGACCACUUGACUCACUACAAAAGUGAUGAUCAUUUUGUGAUAACAAUACUGAGACCGUUGUCUACUCUACCGCUCUUUGAUUACUCAUUGCGUCGACUGUUUAGCCAAGUGUUAAGUGUUGACCAGUUUUUGCUCUGUUAUUGUUGUGCGUUAAUUGAGACACAAAUAUUGAUCAUAAGUAGUGAUUACUAUGUGUUGAUGUUAGUGGCGGAGUCGUUGUCCGCUUUACUCAACCCAUUCAAGUGGCAACACGUCUACGUCCCGAUUCUGCCCAACAAAUUAGGUCUUCACUAUUUAGACGCUCCCACGCCUUAUAUAAUGGGAAUUAGGAAGAGCCCAGACAUACCUCCGGCCAAUCAGCUAAUGGUCGGUUGCCUUAUAGACUGUGAUGAACACUCAGUUGAGCUCAAUGUUGAGCCCUCUCUGCUAGUGAUGCCUCCCUUUAUGGACACUCUUAAGCAAGAAUUAGAGACUUUAUUGAAUGCCGAUCUGAGACUCAGUUGUUUGGGUACAGGUGUGAGCGGACACACCAAAAGUGCAACACUUCAAAGAUUGACAGAAUUGGCCAAAAAACAUAAUGUUAUUAACGAUGAGUUCACUUAUUUGGAUGAUUUAAAACUCAAUCAACAAAUCAGAGUUGUCUUUCUUAAGACUAUGCGUAAACAUAUUCUUCAUAAAUAUCAACAAUUUAUCAUUUAUAAUAGAAAAGACUCUAUCCUAUUUGAUACGGUGUCUUAUCUGUCAGAUAGACCACAAUCUAUGCAACCAUUUCUUCAGCAAUUUGUUUCCACACAAAUGUUUGUCACAUUUAUUGACGAAAUGGGCAAACAGUUGAUUCGCAAACACAAGACCAUUGCUAACAAUACUUGUUCUCAACAAUCACUGUAUGAAUCCAUAUAUGACGACGACUUCGAGGAAUUGGAUCUCUCCUUAUUUACUGACCAAAUACUCGAAUCUCGUUUCCAAACGGCUAAACAAAUAUCUCUCCAAGAUUUAGAGCAAAUACCAACUGUAGACUCGACUGCAUAUGUUUGUUACGACGCCUCACAACUGUCCACAACAGCCAUCGCCUCUCCGCGCACUCGAAGACGAUUCCACACAUUAUCUCAAAAGAGUACGAACUUAACCAACACUUCACUCGCAGUCGGCUCACCAUUGGGCUCACCAUUGAAGGCAAUGCCGGCCGCACUCACAGCGCAGACUAAUUGGCGAGUUGUGGAAACGCUGAUGAAAGAAGUGAAAAUUAAAACCAAACGAAUAUUGUUGGAGAAGAUGGGAGUGGAAGAGGUGGGCCCUCUGGGUUGCGGUACAGUGGGUGGUGUUGAAGAGAACACGUUGAUAGCGGCACUCUGUGACCUCAUUGAGCGCAUCUGGUCUCACGCGCGCACCGAUGAUAAUAAGGAUGUGUCCAAUAAGUGGCAAUCGGGUCGCUGUUCCUUUUGGUCACAUCUUAUGGCUUAUUAUCAAUUGGAAACCAACGAUGCCAUCGAUGGCGCCAAACAUAAAGCCAUUGAUUCAUCGCAAUUAACUCCUGCAUUGUCUCAGAUGUCAAUGGAUUCGUCGCCACAAUCGACUCCUUCCUCUCCUUCCAAGUCGUCACAAGUGAAUUACAGUAUCAAUAGUAAGAGUCCAUUCAAAUCGUUGCCCACAACUAUUUUAUACGAUAUCAGUCAAUUAUGGAAUCCCUUGUACUUCAAGAUCGACGCCAACUGUAGUAACAAUGAGUUCAUCAGUCAUACCAUCGCCACAAACAGCACAACCACUGACAGCACAGACACCGCAGACACCACUCACGCCAUGCACUCCACUCACCUCACCGGUGUUCAUCUGCUGAGUAGGGAUAUCCUCCUAUCCUUACCCAACGGACCGUCCGUUCAAACGUCGGCACCAAUUGGUCACUCGUUUCACUCAUUUUGUAUUACUUCACAAACUGGUCAACGAAUAUAUGGCGGCAGUUAUGUCUUCAGUCACUCCAAUGUGAUCCCCGGCAACACUGCCAUCAAUGGUAGCAAUGGUAGCAGUGAUGUCAAUACGGAUGUCAACCAUAGGCAGCAGUUGUGUGCCUGCGAUCCAAGUGAGGUCACGUGUGACCACUUGACUCACUACAAAAGUGAUGAGCAUUUUGUGAUAACAAUACUGAGACCGUUGUCUACUCUACCGCUCUUUGAUUAUUCAUUGCGUCGACUGUUUAGCCAAGUGUUAAGUGUUGAC